AUGUCUAUCGAUCUCAAGGGUCUUGUUCCUGCCCCUGUCACCCCUUUCACCAGGGAUGGCAAGGUCGACUAUGAAGCCAUCCAGCGACUUGGUUCUUGGCUUGGCAGCUUAGAGGGCGUCAAAGGCCUUGUCGUUCUUGGCCACGCCGGAGAAGGAACAUUCCUCACUGCGGAGGAGCAGGUGGAGACCAUCAAGGCAUUUGUCAAGUCUGUCGAUAACAAGAUCCCCAUCAUCGCUGGUAUCACUGGUGAAGGCACCGAGGUCGCCGCCCUGGAGGCCAAGCGUGCCAAGGAGGCCGGUGCCCAGGCUGGCCUGCUCUAUCCUUCUCACGGCUGGCUUCGGUUCGGCUACCAGCCGGGAGCUCCCCAGGAUCGCUAUAAGGUCGUGUACGAGGUUUCAAAGCUCCCUCUGAUUCUCUUCCAGUACCCAGACAACACCAAGGCCACAUACAGCCUGCAGACUCUCCUGGACAUUGCCGCUCAGCCUGGCGUCAUUGCCAUGAAGAACGGUGUUCGCAACAUGCGUCGCUGGGACACUGAGAUCCCCGUCUUCCGCCGCGAGCGACCCAACGUCCCCGUCCUUACCUGCCACGAUGAAUACCUUCUUCACACCGUUUUCGACGUGGACGGCAUGCUUGUCGGUUACGGCAACAUUGCGCCCGAGCCCUUGUACGAAUUGAUUCUCGCUGGCCGCGCCAAGGACUACAAGCGUGCCCGCGAGCUCCACGACCAGCUAUUGCCCGUCACCAAGGCCGUCUACCACCGAGGAUCUCACAUGGAGGGCACUGUUGCGUUGAAGCACGCUUUGGUCGCUCGUGGUAUUCUGUCUCAUGCCACUGUCCGCUCACCACUCCUGCCACUGCCAGAGGGAGCCGAGCAAGAAAUUCAUGCCGCAAUCUCGUCUGCUUCUUUGAAGAGGGUCAACUAG